UUCUCACAGCCUCCUCCAGCUAUUAAAAUGAGUCUGACUGCCUCCCAGCACACAAGCAACAGAGAAAACUAUCCUAUCAAAGACCCAGUGUCACCAAAGGGCAAAAAGGAAGUGAAGCAGCGCUGAUUGAUCAACUCCUUGGCAGGAGGCUAUGGCAAAGAAAGUCGCGGUUAUUGGAGCUGGAGUCAGUGGCCUGACUUCUCUGAAGUGCUGUGUGGAUGAGGGACUUGAGCCCACCUGCUUUGAGAGGACUGAAGAUAUCGGAGGGCUCUGGAGGUUCAAAGAAAAUGUUGAAGAUGGCCGAGCAAGUAUCUAUCAGUCUGUCAUCUCCAACACCAGCAAAGAAAUGACAUGCUUCAGUGACUUUCCCAUGCCUGAAGAUUUUCCAAACUUCCUGCACAAUUCUAAGCUUCUGGAAUAUUUCAGGAUUUUUGCCAAAAAGUUUGAUCUUCUAAAAUACAUUCAGUUCCAGACAACUGUCCUCAGUGUGAAAAAACGCCCAGAUUUUUCAUCCUCUGGCCAAUGGGAGGUUGUUACCGAGAGCAACGGCAAGGAGCAGCGUGCUGUGUUUGACGCAGUUAUGGUUUGCAGCGGCCACCACAUCCUCCCUCACAUCCCACUGGAGUCAUUUCCAGGUAUCGAGAGGUUCAAAGGCCAGUAUUUCCACAGCCGCCAAUACAAGCACCCAGAGGGAUUUGAGGGGAAACACAUCCUGGUGAUUGGAAUAGGAAAUUCCGCCUCAGAUAUUGCUGUCGAGCUGAGUAAGAAGGCUGCUCAGGUGUUUAUCAGCACCAGACAUGGUUCCUGGGUCAUGAGUCGUAUCUCUGAAGAUGGUUACCCCUGGGACAUGAUCUUUCACACCCGAUUUAGCUCCAUGCUCCGAAACGUUCUGCCACGAACAAUUCUAAAACAGAUGAUGGACCAACAGAUGAAUCAGUGGUUCAACCACAAAAAUUAUGGCCUUGAACCUCAAAACAAAUACCUUAUGAAAGAACCUGUACUAAAUGAUGACCUUCCAAGUCGUAUACUCUAUGGAGCCAUCAAGGUGAAAUCGAGAGUGAAAGAGCUCACAGAAACUUCCGCCAUCUUUGAGGAUGGAACAGUGGAGGAGAACAUUGAUAUUAUUGUCUUUGCAACGGGAUAUACUUUCUCUUUUCCCUUCCUUGAAGAAUCACUUGUUAAAGUAGAGGAUAAUAUGGUCUCACUGUAUAGAUACAUAUUCCCUCCUCACCUGGCAAAGUCAACCUUGGCAUGCAUUGGUCUCAUCCAGCCCCUAGGUUCCAUUUUCCCAACUGUUGAACUUCAAGCUCGUUGGGUGACAAGAGUUUUCAAAGGCUUGUGUACCUUGCCCUCAGAGAGGACUAUGAUGGCGGACAUUAUCAAGAGGAAUGAAAAAAGAAUUGACCUGUUUGGAAAGAGCCAGAGCCAGACAUUGCAGACCAAUUACAUCGACUACUUGGACGAGCUCGCCUCAGAGAUAGGUGCGAAGCCAGACUUCCUUUCUUUCUUGUUAAAAGAUCCUAAACUGGCUGUGAAACUCUAUUUUGGACCCUGCAACUCCUACCAGUAUCGCCUGGUUGGGCCUGGGCGAUGGGAAGGAGCCAGACAUGCCAUCUUCACCCAGAAGCAGAGGAUACUGAAGCCUUUGAAGACACGGGCUCUGCGAGAGUCAUCUAAUUUCUCUCUUUCCUUCCUGUUGAAAAUCCUGGGGCUUCUUGCUGUUGUUGUGGCCUUUUUUUUCCAACUUCAGUGGUUCUAAUCUGUCAGCAUUUAUGUGCCUUUGGCCUUAUGUCAGUCAGCACUUCCAAAACAAAAGGCUAAAAGAAAAAAUAUUAAAUCUAUAGCCUAAACUUUAGAUAAGAGGAAUGGAGCAAGAGUGGUAACUAGAGAAUUAGCAGAAUUAGGUCUAUGCAUAAAACUAAAAUUGUGGCAUGAAAUUUCUUUGCUGUUCUAUCCUUCCCUCAAGUCCACUGGACUCUCCAGAAAAAAAACAACAAAAUAACACUGGCUAAGUAGUGCUGCCAGCCAUGAUAUAGGAGAGUUGUGUGGACAAAUACUCGAAUUACACAGAAUGAAAAGCAGGCCCCAUGGUUUAAAUCGUUGGAAAAUUUAAAUUGUGGGUAAAUAUUUCACCUCCUGUGUGACAUCCUCCAUAGUUUUCCUAUCUGGAUUCUGCUUGGUAACAAAGUUCUCAGAUGUUAGGUCAUGCUCCAGUUGUUGCUAAGUGGAGAAUCACACAAAAAUACUGGAGAAAAAAACGAGAAGAGAGACCUAGAAUACAACAGCAAUGCUCAAACUGACUUUCAGGGCCUCAUAUUGAAAGCUGAGCAAAUAGCCACAUAGCUUAUAUUUUUCUUAUAUUUUGACAGAAGCACUGCUAUAACAAUAAAAGUAAAGUUGGCAUAUUAGCUAUAUACAUAAAUAUACAUAUGUUUAGAACUUACCACAGACCAGAUAUUGUGCCAUGUGCACAUUGUAUGUAUUAUUUCACUUAAUUCUCAGAAUGAUUCUGUGAGAUGGGUGAAGCCAUUAGGCCUGUUUUACAGAUGAUGACACUGAGACUCAGCGCAAAUUGGGUGAUACGCCCAAGACCACACAGCGGACCUUAUAAUGGAGCUGGGAUGGGAACCCGCGUUUGCUUCACUCAACUGAAGAGCUUUCUGAAAUGAGAGUCUAGGUUCUCAGGCUGUUCUUAAUCGGGGUCCUUAAGAGUCUGCCAGGUGAUUUUUAUGCAUAGCCAGAUUUGGGAAGAGCGGAUCUACACUUUCUCUUCAAGCUCCCUCGCGUGCCUUACAAGGUCCCUGUGUCCUGGCCCCUUCUUCUCUAAGAUAUCUCUCACCCCUCUCCGCCUCACACCUCAUCUUUUAGGAAUGGCAAGUAGCUUGUAAUUUUCCUCAUGCCUCCGUGCUCUGGCUCAAACGAUUCUCUUUUCUGCGCCUGAGAAACUCAGUCAUCUAGGAAGUUUUCCUUACCACAUGCCCUCCCUGUAUCCCACCUUGCUGUUGCUAAGUGCCCUUCUCAUCCCACACACUCCAUGCAUUCCUCUACUAACGCAUUUGUCUUACUAUGUUGAAAUAAUCUGCUUAAAUUUCAUAGCCUUGUCUCAUGAUAUACUUAUUUACAAAAGCCUCUAUUACUGAUAAGGUAUUUAUCACCAGUUUAUUUUCUUCAUAAUCAUGUAUACUUUACUUUUGGAGGAACUUCACGUAGAAAACAACACUCUUUUUGCAAAUAUGAUCUGAUUCAUUUUAUUUUUCAUAUUUGGUUUAUAUUUUAGCUAGAUCUAAAAGGCAUUUGAAGAAAUUUACAAUGAAGGACACCUUUACAACAACAUUUAAAAUGAUCAUUGACAUUUUGAAAAAAUAAGCAUCCAGGAGGGAAAGUAUAUCUCCCAAGUUGAUGGAAAGCAUAAUGAUUGAGCCUUGCGUUUGUCUCUAACCUUGCAGAUAACCCAGGCAAAAAGUAAAACAAUAUGUAAUCUUUGUCAUCUGAUAAAAGGAAGCACACCGGUUUCUUAGGAGAGACAAAUAUUUUCUUAGAACUGAAGCCGAAAAAAGACACAAGCAAUUCAAUGUCAAUAGACAUUGAGCAACAUAAUAGAUAAACAUCUGGUUAUGAAACAUUCAUGCGGCCAGUCUUUCAACAAACUGUGUUUGUGGAGAUAAACUCAUCUAUAAGCCCAGACCAAGGCCUUCAAAGACAGGGAAAAGGUCAAAGAUUAAAUAUUUAGGAAAAUUUCUCCUUUACUCCUCCAAAGUCUUUGUGGACUUUUUUUUACUUUGGCCUGGAUUUCUCCCUCAAGGGCCUAGAACAACGCAAUGGCAAUCUCUGUCCGUGGAAACUUUUUCUUUAAAGUCCAUUGAAAUGACACCAGCAUUUAAAUGCAAGAUUUUUGUUUUCAUUUCUCUUCUAAGCAGAUUCCUUUGGAAAAAAACCCUGCAAAUGUAUAUAUACUUAGUUCUUGAGUAAAAACUGAUUACUUUGUUAAUUAUUAAGGAUUAUUUACAAGCCGUUAUGUUAAUAAUAAUAAUAAUAGAAUUUAUAAAGCCUUUAUAGCAAAAGCAGGCCAACUACCGCCUCUGGGUCAAAUCCAGCCCACUACCUAUUUCUGUAAAUAAUGUUCUAUUGGGACACAGCCACACUCAUUCACUUACUGUCUGUGGCUGCUUUUAGCUGCAAUGGCAGAGCUGAGUAGUUGCAACAGAAACAGUAUGGCUCCCAAAGCCUAAAGUAUCUACUCUCUGGCCCUAUACAGAAAACGUGUGCCAAUCCCUGCUUCGUAAUGUGCAAAGCAUCGUCCUAAUUGUUUUUCCUAACUGGCCUCAUUCAUCGUUACUGCUCCCCAGUGAAGUAACUACAGUUAUUAUCCUACUUCUACAGUGGAAGAGAUUGAGAAACAAGUGUCAGGGUGAUGCUGAAUCAGUAGGAAAAAACAGCUCUGUUAGGACAAAAUUAUUAUUUGUUUUAAAGAUUUUAGUUUUCCUUUUUCUCCCCAAAGCCCCCCAGUACAUAGUUGUAUGUUUUUAGUUGUGGGUCCCUCUAGUUGUGGCAUGUGGGAUGCCACCUCAGCAUAGCUUGAUGAGUGGUGCUAGGUCCAUGCCCAGGAUCCGAACUGGCGAAACCCUGGGCCACUGAAGCAGGGUGGAUGAACUCAACUACGAGGCCAUGUGGCCAACCCCAGGACAAAAUUAUUAUUAAAUUUAUAUCCUUAAAAAUUUUAGAAGAGCAAUGAUCUCUUGAAAUAUUUCCAAAUAUUCUAGUAUCUUUUUAAAAGCAUAAAUAGUUCAUUUUCAGAGUCUGAGAUUGAGUAAGGAAGACUCACUCAGUCUAUUCUUCUGCCUCCACACAUCCUGAAACGGGACGCACUCCCAGACAAAGCAUCUAUGGUAGUCUGCUCCGAACUAUGAUCAGACCACUUGCGUCAGAAAGCCUCGGGGAGCUUAGAAAACGGCAGAUUCCUUACUAUAAAUGUAAUAAUUAUGCAGACUUGCUGAAUCGGAAUCUCCAGUCUUGAUGAGCUCCCUAGAAGAUUCUUGUGCACACUAAAUUUAGGAACCUUUGGUUUGAGGUGUCUCCAAAAAGCUGCUUUCAGAGAUUAGUCCAUGACCCUUUCCACUCCUCAGGGCCAAAUUCCUCCUUAGGUGCAGCCUUCUUGCUUCUCGCUACAGUUUACAACGUUGUGCUUCUCCCAGAAAGGAUGUUGGCUGGUCAUCACCCUCCUCCAAAAUCUCUCUCUGUGAUGCUCUCCUUUACUAACCUUUCAUUUUAACUCUCCUUCUUUAUAUGAUAGCUCCUUGAUUUUCCUUACCAAGAGCCAAAUAUAUCACAUUUGUUCCUUAAAGAAAAAUAAAGAUAUUUUUAAAAUAAAA